UCAUAUUUUGCUCUCUUUUUACCCUCCUUAUUCCUCAAGCGAUUUCGUUCUUGUGCACGGUUCUUCGAAAGGCUACAUGGCUGAUUUUCGGGGUAGCAAAGCAACUAUGCACUCCUCUUCUGGUGGUCGCGGAACUAGCAGGGGUCUUCGACCCCAACAACCCAAAAGCGAAAGGACUCGGCGUAUUUGGACUGAUCGGGAGGAAGGGGUUUUACUUGCGACCUUGAAGGAGCUCGUUGCUCAGGGUUGGAAAUCUGAUAAUGGAUUUCGCGUCGGAUACCUUGUUAGACUGGAAGAGGCGCUACGCCGUGAGUUUCCAACAACGGAUCUGAAGGUUAAUCCCAAUAUCAUAUCGAAGGUGUCUGCAUGGAAAAAGAGUUAUUACUCUCUUCAACAGAUCCUUAAUCUAAGUGGUAUCGGUUUUAAUCUGAAUGAAGACCACAAAAUUGACUGUGAUGACCAACAGUGGGCAGAAAUUGUGAAGAAAGAUGGAAAUGCAAGGUUCAUGCGUGGCAAAUCAUGGCCCUACUUUGACGACUGGAAGGAGAUUUUUGGUAAGGAUCGAGCCAAUGGGGAAGGCGCGGAGGACAUAAUGGAUGCAGUAAACAACAUAUGCUCACAAGAGAACCUCGGGGGGCUUGGCGAAGACAAUAACUAUAACGCAGGCUUAGGAGAUUUCUUCAUGCCCAACCAAGUGCCUGACCACCAGUCUCCUAUCGCUGACUCAGACGGUGUAUUUAGUGACGUGAAUGAAACAAUAACACAGAAGACAUCGACAAAGAAACGCAAGGCCGUGGGAGAAAUGGAUGAUGGUCUGGUUGAGAUGCUUGGGAAAAUGCAUGAUGCUACCAAUGAUCGUCUUCAGUGCUUGGCUUCCCGUAUUGGAUACGAGUUUGACCUCACUAAAGCUCGAAAAGAAGUGUUUGAUCUUGUUGAACUUGUGCCGGGGCUAUCAAUUAGGCAACAAUUUGCUGUGUGUGGAUUUAUACUAGAUAAGGUGGAACGUCUCGACUUCUUCAUGGGACUGCGCGAGGCAGCAAAGGAGGAGUAUGUGCUUAUGGUGUUGGAGCAAUUAUCGCCGAAAUGAUAUCAUAUUUUCGAUUAGUGUUAUAAUAGACUAAGAUAAUCCUUUUUGGUGAUGAUUUUUUUAGACUUAGUACUGUUUUUAAACUUAUAUC